AUGAUGUCCACCAUCAUCAUCGCGCUCGGCGUGCCGGCUUUGGUUGCCCUGCUCGUCAACUGGCGCUCCUUGUUCUGGGGUGCUUUCCACGUCGUCAACCGCUACCUCGGCCGCAGCGUGACCAACGUCGUGUCUAUGGCGAUGGUGUGCAUGACAAUCUACUGCAUCGGCCCGGUUCUCGAGUACACGCUUCUUCUGAUCUGGUCCUACAUGUUGCUUGAGCUGGUUGAUCACAUGACAGACAACUUCUUUCGCCUGCCCUCUGUCGUUUUCUUCUGUCUUGUCAGCUACAUCCAGUUCUGGAACUUCAUCGGCCGCGACAUCAUGAUGACUCUCAAUCAUGCCCUGGUGUGGUUUCUUCGUGAGUACCGAUGGAAACGAUUCAUCAUGGACUGUCUUUCAGUGGGAAGAUUCGGCAUUGCGUCCAGAGUGGUACUUUACUUUGGCGAUUGGAUUCACUCUGUCGUCGUGGGCGACUGGAAGGUCAUCGUGCUUAUGGAGUUCCACGCCAAGCACUAUCCUGGACCUCAACCUCCCCUAUAUGCGCAGCUUCGACACCGCUUCCUGCGCGAGCUCCAGGCGAUGACUGAAAACGGCGUUCACCCCAACUCCGAGAUUGGCGUCGCGGUUGAAGACAUAAUCGCAAUUGCCUGCGGAUUCCACGAUUAA